AUGGCGUUGACCUUCGCGGCGCCUUCUUCUUUGACCGGAUUCCGAGCGAGCCCAGUUUUGGCCCCGCAGCGGCGCAUUGGCGGCUCCUUGGAGGACGGGCAGGGCAGCUCUCUUUGGCACGUCGGGCUCGCGCUGGGCGCCAGCUGCGCGCUCCGCGCGUAUGGCAAGGGCAUGGGCAAGGGCGGCUAUGGCGGCGGAGGCGGCGGAGGCGGCAACUUCGGGGGCGGAUACCGCAGCCCUGCAGACAUCCAGCGGAUGACCGACAUGAAGCGCGCCCGCGAGGCGGAGCAGUUCUUCCAGUUCCAGCGCGGGCUGGUGCAGCGAGGCGAGCGCCCGAAGGGCGAAGACCACUGGACGAUGGAGGAGAGGAGGCUCUUCAAGACGGAGCACGUCAGCAAAGGCAUCGACUUCGAGAAGUACGACGAGAUCCAGGUGAAGACCCGCGGCGGCAAUGGCAAGGAGCAGCCCAUCAACAGCUUUCAGGAGGCCUGCGAGAAGUACAGCCUGCCGGAUGAGCUCACGGCCAACAUCGAGCGCUGCGGCUACGACAUCCCCACCCCGGUGCAAAAGCACAGCAUCCCGGCGGUGCUGGAGGGCACCGAUGUCUUGGUCACAGCGCAGACCGGCAGCGGGAAGACGGCGGCGUUUCUGGUGCCCAUCAUCACCGCGGCGCUGCAGGCCGGGCGCAAGCCCGUGCAGGAGGGCGCGGUGUGCCCCACCUCCGUGGUGCUGUCGCCCACCCGCGAGCUCUGCCAACAGAUCACCAACGAGGCGGAGAGGCUGACCUUCCGCUCCGGGGCUCGGGUGGCGGCGGUCUACGGGGGCGCGGACGCCAUCCCGCAGAUGCGGAAGUUCGCGGCCGGGGUGGAGGCGAAGUGCGCGAGGUUGCUGGUCACCUAG